CCACACAUUAGACCACCCCUUCAACCCCACUAUAUAUACCCUCCUCCUCUUUCUUUUUCUUUUCCUUUCCACUUCUCUCUCUUUCUCCUCCGCCACCUCUCUCUCUCUCUCGAUUAACUCAUCCUUCUCAGAGGCGCACAGAAACGAUUCCUGCAGUUUUUUUCCACUUCUUUUCUGAACAGAACUAGGAGAUGGCCCGGGACGAGUGGGUGAGCGUGGCCAUAACGGACGAUACGGUUGUGGCUGAGCUCCUCGUGCGGCUCAAGCAGUCUCAAGCGGCGUCAUCUUCUCUUAAGUCUUGGCCUAGAGCGGUGGUCCCGCUCCAGUGGGGACUGAGGCAGCCACGUUCGAGGUCUGUCUCGUUGAGAUGCGAUGCCGUUCUACCGAUAAAAGAAGCUGACUCGACGAGAGGCAGCCCCACCACGCCUCUCUCUUGGAGCGGCGGUGCUUCCCCUUCUGCUACCGCUGACAGCUUCGAAGAGUCCAGCUUCCACGCCAGCUUUUCUCUCGCUGCCUCCAGAUCCAAGGGUGCUGCUACAAGUGAAUCCACCGCUGCCAAGAGUUCAAGACGAAAAAAGACAUUUGUUGAACUUAAAGAGGAGGAGAGUUCUCUGUUGAAGGAAAGAAUAACUUUGAAAAAGGAGUUAGCAACACUACGUUCAACUUUCAAGGAACAGAGAGCCAGAAACGACAGCUUGAAGAGAAUAAAGCUUGAUUCGGUCUUGCAUUCAGCAAAAGAUCUCAAUGCAACUUGUGAUGGACUUGAGAAAACUGUUCAUAAAGAAGCCUACCAGAGAAUAGCCCCCGCUCCUGACCAUACUUCUUUGAGCUUACCGGCAAACACCACAAGUGACGAUAACCUGCAAUCAGAACCUUGUGAGGUAGGGAAGGCUGCUGCCCCGGCAAGGGAUGGCGAUUUCUUGCUGCCUGAUCUAAAUAUGAUGCCAUCCGAGGAAGAUUCAAGUACUGAGACAUUAUAUGGGAUGAGCUGAGGACCUCAUGUUGACGGCUUUUCUUCUCCUCACCAAAGGACCUGGUUCCAUCAGGCUAUCAAAUUCUGUUACACUGUCAUGGCCAAGCACAGAACCUCGUGUAGAUGGACUGUAUAAAAACUUCAGUGGAAGUUACCUAUAAAAAAAAAAAAAAAAAACUUCAGAGAAAGUUGCUGAUGGUAGGAUUCAACUGUUCCAUUCUCUCUUUCUUGAAAUGAGAAAAAAGUCGAAAAUUUCGGGAGAGGGAUAUCAAUAUCCUCAAAUGCAGAAAGUUCUUUCUCUGGAAAUUUGUUGAGGGUAAACCAACCCGUUUUCUCGAUUCUUAAAUCGUGUCAUUCUUUUCUGGUAACACGCUGUUGGACUCACCUGUUGAAGGAAUUCAAAGUCAACACUUGCAUUUUGGGUUUGU